GUUUUCGCAGCACAAUCGCCCUCAAGCGCAAAACAGUGAAUCAGCAUCUCAGACGGGUCGACAAUCUUGUACAUCAUCUAUUUACUGGAGCACUCCACCGUCUACUUUACUGUCGUAAUGUAGCCAGAUUGGUUUGUAAUAUCCGGGUUGGUCGGAGGGAGUGUCUCUGCUGUGAUUUCCAAUAGAAAAACGCUGGAACAGCCACACGCCACAGAGCCACAAGCGCCGCAGAGAAAGCAGCAAUCCCUGCCGAGCAAAGAACAUGACCCGGGCUCGUGCUAGAGAGAGACCAGCGAAAAGAGAGAUAAACAUGGAUUUUUGCCCUUUUAAUGUAUUGGAUUUAGCUUGAGAGACAUCUGAUGGGCGCCUCACCACUUAUGUUUUAGCAAGAAAAAAGCAAAACAACCUUGCCGCUUCAUUCGUCCCAUCGUCAGUAUGGAGAAAACGCUUUACGGUUCGCCUGGGACUGCAAAAGCGAACUCAGGAUCUCUGCCCACGGACAGGGGGAAUUCUGCAAGGAAGAUCGGCAGGACUGGAUCCCAUAGUCCGGGCUCGGCCUCCCUCGGCUGCCAAGGGGGCGGCGGUGGAAAUCGGGGAGAUUUGUUGGGAAACAGCAUGAAUUUGCAGCAAGCUCACAAGCGGCUGUUGGAAGGCGUGUUGAGCAAAUACACAAACCUCAUCCAAGGUUGGCAGAACAGGUACUUUGUCCUUGACCCAGACCAGGGUCAGCUGCAGUACUUUGUGAAUGAGCAGGGCAAAUCCCAGAAGCCCCGUGGGUCCCUGCCCCUCAUCGGGGCAUCAGUCACCCCUAGCGACGAGGCACCGCACAUGUUCGUCGUCAACUCGGCCAACGGGGAGCUCUUCAAACUCCGAGCCACCGAUGCCAAAGAGCAGCAGUUCUGGAUGAACCAGCUUCAAGCCUGUGCCAGACGCCACUCCGACAGCAGUGCCAAGGUCAGGGAGCGAAAGGUGUCUGAUGAGCAGCGCCUGUAUGUGGACAAGACGGCUGGCUGCCAGGACGGACCGGGCUCUUCUGGUCGGACGAGGAGUUUCUCUCUCCUUCCUCACAUCCCGCCCGCCUCCGCCUCCUCCUCUCCCGGCUCCCAGAGGCACCUGGGCCACCCCGGGGCGCCUAGCAACAUCGUCACCAUCACCCACCACAAGUCGCCUGCCGCUGCCCGCCGGGCCAAGAACCAGUACCCCUCCCGACUGCAAGAGGUCAAAGAGGUGAUGUCCCAGGCCGAGGGUCAGCAGAAGAGCCUGAUGCAGUCCAUCGAGUCCCUCCCCGCCCGCGGGCCGCUCACCUGUCUGGACCAGGACCUCCUCCUUCUGAAGGCCACCUCAGCUGCCACCCUCAGCUGCCUGGGGGAGUGCCUGAGCAUCCUCCAGCAGAGCUCCGGACACGGACACCACCAGCACCACCACCAACCCCAUCACCAGCACCACCAGCAGGGCUCCACCCCCACCACCACCAGGCCUGGACCCUCCGCCCGCGACCCACCCUCCGAUUGUCUCCCGCUGUGGACUGUGCCCAAAUCUCCGUCAGCAGAGAGGCUGAGGAACGGAGGUGUGACCCCACUGUGUUCGGCCGAGCCCUCUCCCGCCCUCCAGAAGAAGGAAAUGCCCCAGAAUGCUCAGCACUCAGGUAUGGAGUCCGUGAGUCCGACAGAGGAGGUGACGGACACAGAGGACAAUGAGGAGGAGGACCUCGGGGUGCUGGAUGACCAGAGGAGCAUCAUCUUACACCUCCUGUCCCAGCUUAAACUGGGCAUGGACCUCACACGGGUGGUGCUGCCUACCUUCAUCCUUGAGAAGCGCUCGCUGCUGGAGAUGUACGCCAACUUCAUGGCUCACCCGGACAUGUUCCUGGCCAUCACCACGGGCGCCACGGCCGAGGAGCGCAUGGUGCGCUUCGUGGAGUACUACCUGACCGCCUUCCACGAGGGCCGCAAGGGCGCCGUGGCCAAGAAGCCCUACAACCCGGUGCUGGGCGAGACCUUCCGCUGCUCCUGGGCGGUGCCGCGCGACCGGGUCCGGCCCCUCAGGACUCACGCCCACACGCUGGGGCCCGCCACGCUCCGGGACCCGGCGCUGGACGACUCCUCGGCAGCAGCGUCGGCGUCGGCGGGCUGCUACCGGGUGCGCUUCGUGGCGGAGCAGGUGUCGCACCACCCGCCGGUGUCGGGGUUCUACUGCGAGUGCCCCGAGAAGAGGAUGUGUGUAAGCGCCCACGUGUGGACCAAGAGCAAGUUCAUGGGCAUGUCCGUCGGGGUGUCCAUGCUGGGGGAAGGAACACUUUGCCUUCUGGAGCACGAUGAGGAGUACGUGUUCACACUGCCCUGUGCCUACGCCCGCUCCAUCCUCACCGUGCCCUGGGUGGAGCUCGGGGGGAAGGUCUCCAUCAGCUGCGCCAAGAGUGGCUACUCCGCCACCGUCACAUUCCACACCAAGCCCUUCUACGGAGGGAAGGUCCACAGGGUGACUGCUGAGGUGAAGCACAACACCACCAACACCAUCGUGUGCAAGGCUCAGGGGGAGUGGAACGGCACGCUGGAGUUCACCUACAGCAGCGGAGAAACCAAAGUGAUCGACACCGCCAAACUGCCCGUCAUCAGGAAGAGACUGCGGCCAGUAGACAGACAGGGACGGACAGAAUCCAGGCGAUUGUGGCAGCACGUCACCACGGCGCUGAAGGAGGGAAACAUUGACGCGGCCACAGAACACAAGCACCGCCUGGAGGAGAGACAGCGUGGGGAGGAACGACAGAGAGCCGCCAACAACAUGUCCUGGAAACCCAAAUACUUCAUGAAAGAGGGGGAUGGAUGGGUGUACCUCAACCCUCUGUGGAAGGCCCACUGACGUCCCCUAACCUUGACCCAGGAACAACAAGUGCUUUAUACGGAACUCUCUCACACACACAUAUGGACCAGAGACAUACGUUAACCCCUCCAGCCCACAAGCAGAGGAACAGACUGAACGAGAGAAGAAGAAGAAGAGGAAGAAGAGAAAGAGGGGGAUGAAGCGAGGGAGCCAAAGUAAAAGUGGAGGAGGAGAGCAUCACAUGCUGGACAUUCCUGUAUAUCUGCUAUGGGGACACAGAGAG